GGGGGAGCCGGUUUGAAAAGACGCAGAAAGUUUUGUACAUUUUGAAAAAAGAGCAGACAACGAGACGCUUCUCUGACCGCAGCCGACCACUGAUAAUUUAUAAAAAUGAUCUCUGACGCAUCAACGUUGGAAUUAGUUACUUGUAAGAUCGAAUGGAAAUUAUAUAAUUUAAAUAAACACGGGCAUUUAAUGCAUAAUGAUCAAUUCUUGACAAGCAAGGAAUUCUACAAUUCAAAAUGUCCUUCUAUCAAAUGGCAAUUGCGUGUUUACCCAAAUAUUUGGCAGCUUAAUUCUGCCGGCAUUUAUGUUUCUCUUGUUCAAGUAGGAUUAAAAGACUCAAAACCUUUGAAAGCUCAAUUUAAUAUUUAUACAUUGGACGGUGCUGGAAAUAAGCUUUUUUGUUGUCCAAGCACAACAUUCGUUUUUAAACACGGAACAGAAUCAGAUAAAUAUCAAGUUUUCAAAUCACAAACGACUGGCAAGUCUAGCGAAAAUUUAGAGAAUGGAGGAGAUUACGUUUUGGUGAAUGGCUCAACGGAAGCCUUAAAUUUAGAUGCUAUGUUGCUUUAUUGUGAAGUUGAAUUUGUUCCUUAUAAUAUAAAGUGCGAAAAUGAGAUUGUGGAUUUUUCCUCUGAAAGUACUUCACAACGAUCUUUAAAUAUGUUUAAAGAGGGAAUACUUACUGAUUGUGUUGUUGAGGUAAGUUUUAUUUUUAAAUGUUUGUUUGUAUAA